CAAUGGCGGACAUCCCGAGCUCGAGCUGACCAACAAAGCAAGGGAGAGAGAAAGAGUGGAGAGGCUAAGGCCGGCCGGAAGGAUGGGUGGCCCAGCGGCGGCGGCGGCGGCGGCGAGGGCGACGUGGGAGGAGCGGCGGACGCUGGUGCUGGUGAACCUGGCGUCGAUCAUGGAGCGCGCCGACGAGGCGCUGCUGCCGGCGGUGUACCGGGAGGUGGGCGCCGCGCUGCACGCCACGCCGACGGGGCUCGGCGCGCUCACGCUCUACCGCUCCGCCGUCCAGGCCGCCUGCUACCCCGUCGCCGCCUACGCCGCCUCCCGCCACAACCGCGCGCACGUCAUCGCCGUGGGGGCCUUCCUCUGGGCCGCCGCCACCUUCCUCGUCGCCGUCUCCGGCACCUUCCUCCAGGUGGCGAUCUCGAGAGGCCUCAAUGGCAUCGGCCUCGCGCUGGUCAUACCGGCGGUCCAGUCGCUGGUCGCCGACUCCACCGACGACGACAACCGCGGGUCGGCGUUCGGGUGGCUGCAGCUCACCAGCAGCAUCGGCUCCAUCAUCGGCGGCUUCUCCGCGCUGCUGCUGGCGUCGACCACCGUCCUCGGGAUCGAAGGCUGGCGCGUCGCGUUCCACCUCGUGGCCGCCAUCAGCGUCGCCGUCGGCGUCCUCGUCUGGCUCUUCGCCGUCGACCCCCAUUUCUCCAGCGGCGCCUCACCGGGCGGCGGGAAGCGGCGGUCGGCGUGGGACGAGGCCAGGGAGCUGGUCGGGGAGGCGAAGGCCGUGUGCCGGAUCCCGACGUUCCAGAUCUUCGUGGCGCAGGGGGUGAGCGGAUCGUUCCCGUGGUCGGCGCUGUCGUUCAUGUCCAUGUGGCUGGAGCUCAUCGGGUUCAGCCACGAGGACACCGCCGUGUUCACCACCGUCUUCUCCGUCGCCACGUCGCUCGGCGGGCUCCUCGGCGGCAAGAUGGGGGACGCCCUCGCCCGCCGGUACCCCGACGCCGGGAGGAUCGUGCUGUCGCAGAUCAGCGCCGGAUCGGCCGUGCCCUUGGCCGCCGUCCUGCUGCUGGCCCUCCCCGACGACCCGUCCACCGGCGUCGCCCAUUGUCUCGUGCUAUUCGUCAUGGGGCUCAUCAUCUCAUGGAAUGCAGCUGCCACUAACAACCCAAUUUUCGCGGAGAUUGUGCCGGAGAAAUCAAGAACGAGCAUCUACGCACUCGACAGGUCGUUCGAGUCGAUCCUGGCGUCGUUCGCGCCACCGGCCGUCGGCUUCUUGUCCCAGCACGUGUACGGCUUCAAGCCAGCCGGCGGCAAUGGCAGCGGUGGCGCCGCUUCCGCCGCCGUCGAGAGGGACAGGGAGAACGCGGCGUCGCUGGCGAAGGCGCUGUACGCGGCGAUCGCGAUCCCGAUGACGAUCUGCAGCGCGAUAUACUCGUUCCUGUACUGCACGUACCCGCGGGACAGGGAUCGCGCGCGCGCGACGCAGGCGCUGGCCGCCGCCGGCGACCUGCCGGCGGAGCUGCGGCACGUCGAGCUGGAGGAGGGCUCGUUCCCACGGCGUAUUGGCGGCGACACGAGGCGGUUCGAGCUCGUUGGAUCGCGGGAGGACGACGAGGAGCAGGACGGUGUGAGAGGCGAUGGCAAUGGCGACGCCGGCGGCGACGGUUCAGGCGAGGGCCGUGCUGAUGCUGACACAGAAAGGUUACUGUCAAGCCGGAAGCUCUGAAAUUGUGACAUGCGAAGGAAAUGAAGGCUGGCUCUGCUCUCUGCAAUCUUCCCUGCUGGACUUGAGAGAUGUUCAGAGUUUCAGACAAGUUCAAAUUUGUCGAUGAAAACUAGGCGGUUUGACAUUGCUAAAAUUGAUGAGUUAGGAGUACUAUCUGACUUUCUUUGACAAAUUCUAUAAAUUUGAAACGUGGCCUUCUUCUUUUCCGAUUCUGGAGUUUGUAUUUUCGUUAGUACGCCCCCAUGAGAUAUCCAAAUUUUACAUUAAAAUUUUAGUAUAUCUCAGUACCUA